CGUUUUGUUUUUCCACGAAAACACCAAAUAACCUUUUUUGAUGGCUCAGCAGUUUCAGGUGCUGAGAUGUUGUUCCUGUAAUAUCUUCCAAGUGCAGCAGAUUAAAAAAAGCAAAAAAUGGAACUGCAAAAUAUGUGAUGAAAAGCAGUCAAUUCUAAGGGUUUUUGGUCAGGGCUCUGGAGCUGACUGCAGGCGCCAUGUGCAGAAGCUAAACUUGCUGCAAGGAGAACAGGAUCAGACACCUGUAAACAAACUUAGGUGUAAAGAAGAAUCAGUACAAAUAGAUGAUGAGAACAUCAAAGAAAAAUUAGGAUGGCAGGAUAAGAGACACUUAGUCAUGCUUAGUGAAAACUGUGAAGAUGGUUUAUGUGACAGUGAAAUUCCUGUGACAGAAGAGCACAUGCUACAAAGAAAUGAUCAACAGCCGAAAUCAACAUUAACUGGACUUUCAAAAUGGGAGAAAUUCCUCUUAUCUGACAAGAGUUGUAAUAUUGGUGCCACUAACAUGACAGCUGGAAGGCAGAGGACAUCUGUCAAAACACCUGCUGCAGGUGCAAGUGAUGAAAGAAUGGCCACUUCCAGUGCUGGGUGUGGUAACUGGCAUCUUGAACAGCAGAAGAAUGCAGUCACCUCUCUUGACAGAGCGAUAGAGAUCUCCAACUCUGAUCACCUUGCAAUAGACACAAUACCUGGGAAAAGCAGCAAACACUCUGCAGCUUUGGCUACUUGCCAAGAUAAGGCAGAACCUGCAGAAUUUACCACUUCUAUGAGGUCCCUUUCUACUGUCAAGCCAAACAACCUUUAUUGGAGCCUUUUUUCUACAGGAGAGGAUUUUGAUGAUAUUUAAGUUUCUACAGUGAGGUUUGCUGAUUUUUCUAAUUAGAUGGUUUAAAGUAAUAGCAAUAUGGUCUGCCUUUAAAAACAGACAAUUCAGUGUUGAAUAAUAAAGAGGACUACACUCAAGUCAUGCUGUUUUGGGUAUAGCACAAAGUGCUUUAAUGAUCUGUGGAGAUACACUGAAUGCCAAAAUUGUCAAGAGUACUGUAUUGUUAAAGGGGCCACUAUUAUUGAUACAAUAGGCACGGAAAAAGGCUGUUUACAAAAAUCAAAUCUCAGGGCAGGUGAUAGCGCAUAAAAGCUAAUGCUACUGCUGGUUUCUGCUUUCUUUAAAUAAUAUGCUACCCAAACUGGCAAAUUGGUAUGCUGCUAGUAAAACAUGUUGUAACUUCAACACAGAGGCAGUAAUAAAGAUUUCUGAUAAUCACAUGGCCACACAAUGGUGACUAAACAUGGAAGAUUCACCAAUGUGAAAGCAAAAUAUCAUUGCCCUCUGUA